AUGUCCUCUUCCACAUCCUUCAGCACGAACAAAGGCAAAGGCCGCGCGCUCCCCGAACCUGUAGCCUCGCAUGUCGACUUGCCAAUCAUCCAUACCUCAGUCGAACAUGACGCCAUGAACACCUCCACCCCAGCCUCGUGCGAUUGCUCGAUGUGCAAGCGUCGAGCACAGCAGAACGGCGCGCGCGAAGGCUCAUGGUCCGAUGCCUCCUCCUCUACCGCGGCCUCUUCCUACGCGCGAUCCGUCUCUCCUACGUCUACCGUCGUCUCCACUCCUCCCCUGACGCCUGAGUCGGUGGCCGGCUCUCCCGCGUUAGGAUCGUCGCCUUCGUGCGCCUCCGGUGGUUGCGCCGCGUUUAAACCCGCUCCUGCUGCCGCGCAGUACCCGACCUACCAUACAUCGAUGGCGCAAGCUGGCAUCAACAUGGCUGGACCGUCGUACAACGUCUACGCAUCGCAGUCGCAGGGAGCCACCUUCUCGCCGGGUAGCAUGCAGGCGCUCGCGGCUCAGUCGUUCAGCUAUGCUACUGCUCCCGAUGUCGAGAUGGGACAGAGCGCUGCCAGCGCUCACUUCGCAUUGGGUAAGCGUCGUCGCGAGGACGACGAUGACGAGAUGCAGUUGGGACCAUCCCUUAAGCGGGUCCAUGAAUGGCGCUCAGGCUCAGGCUGA